ACAGCAGCACCACUUUCAAACCGUAGCCAGCGUGAGACGUAACACAAGUUUUGAAGGGACUACGUUAGGCAGUGCUUCAUCGUGAACCACGAAUAUGAAAAUAUGGUUGUUAAAACAAGGAAACAAAGCGUGAAGGACCAACCGUCACAGAGCACCGAAAGAGAGAAGACACAGUUGGGGUCACCAGCUCAGAGUGUAGGGAAGAGUAGACGUGGAAAAGAGGGGAAAGGUUCUCUCAGUAACCUGUUUCAGAGCAAAAACGGACUCUUUCUUGGAUUGAUCAGAAACAAACUGGGACUUAGCACCUCGGCUUUUAUAAGGAUAACAAUCACUCUGAUUCUAGCUGUUAUCGCCGGAGUUCUACAUUGGUACCACCUGUCACAUUUGUUCGAAAAUGACAGACAUUUUUCACAUCUCUCCGCUCUGGAGAAGGAAAUGGCUUUUCGGACCGAAAUGGGUUUGUAUUACUCCUACUUUAAAACCGUCAUUGAGGCCCCAAGCUUCUUGAAUGGUCUUUAUUUGAUUAUGAAUGACCGGCUCACAGAGUAUCCUCUGAUUAUAAAUACCUUAAAGAGGUUCAACUUGUACCCAGAGGUGGUCUUAGCCAGCUGGUACAGAAUAUACACAGGUACAAUGGACUUCUUUGGGGUUCCCACAAAAAUGUGUUGGUCCAUCAACAGAGGGGAGGGGCUUGACCCAGUGGACAGCUGUGAAGGAAUGGGUGAUCCAGCUUAUUUUUAUGUUACAUUUGUGUUCCUGUUAAACGGAGCAAUGAUGAGCCUCUUUUUCAUCUAUGGAACUUAUCUAAGUGGCAGCAGACUGGGUGGUGUUGUUACAGUCUUGUGUUUCUUCUUCAACCAUGGAGAGAGCACUCGGGUCAUGUGGACACCUCCCCUGAGAGAGAGCUUCUCCUACCCUUUCUUAGUCCUACAGAUGCUCCUUGUCACAAACAUCUUGCGGACACCAAACCCAAGCAGAAACACCAUGAUUGCCCUGGGCGUCUCCACUGUGUUCUUCAUGCUGCCCUGGCAAUUUGCCCAGUUUGUCUUACUCACUCAGGUGGCUGCUUUGUUUGCCUCGUACAUUUUGGGAUAUCUGAGCCCAAGCAAGAUGCAGUCCAUUUUAGUGACUCACAUGAUUUCAUUGGGUGUCUGCUUUCUUCUGAUGUUUGGAAACUCGAUGCUUUUGACAUCUUUCUACGCCUCUUCACUCAUCUCCAUCUGGGGUAUUAUUGCGGUCAGGGAGAGAUUUUCUGAUGCUUUCAGAUCCAGACUCCUGUCAUGGGUCAUGCAGGGCCUUGCCUGGGUUGUCUCAACAGUUAUUCUGAAGUUUGUGUUGUCAGUGGUCCUUGGUGCUUCAGAUGACGCUCACAUCAGCAGCCUGAUUAAGUCCAAGUUCACAAGCUACAAGGACUUUGACACAAUGAUGUACACCUGCGCAGCAGAGUUUGAUUUCAUGGAAGUAGAGACUCCUCUCCGCUACAUAAAGACUCUUCUGCUGCCAAUUAACAUGCUGACUGUGGCUUUCAUUGCUGGAAAAGCUAUACAGGAUAUUUAUCAGAACCUUAGAGCUGAGGACACAGAACCUGUAAAAUCACAAGAUGGAUCAGAGCAGAUUUUGUCCAAGGGAGUGUUGGUGUACCACAGUCUGCAGCUGAUAGCUUUUGCUGUGCUCGCUGUGCUCAUAAUGAGACUAAAGCUCUUCCUCACUCCACACAUGUGCAUCAUGUCUUCUCUCAUCUGCUCCAGACAGCUGUUUGGCUGGGUAGGUGAGAAGUUCAAACUCCACAUGAUGGUCUUUGCCAUUCUGUCUAUAAUGGCAAUGCAAGGGGUGGCCAACCUGCAGAGUCAAUGGGCCAUCAUGGGAGAAUUCAGUAACCUUCCACAGGAGGAGCUCCUGGAAUGGAUCAAGGACCAAACGAAACCCACAGCUGUAUUUGCCGGUGCAAUGCCCACCAUGGCCAGUGUGAAGCUGUCUGCUGGCAGGCCCAUCGUUAACCAUCCACACUACGAAGACGCAGGGCUGAGGGAAAGAACAAAGCUGGUCUACGCCAUGUACAGCAGAAAGCCAGUGGAGGUUGUGAAGAAUAACCUUAUAAAUCUGGGCGUGGAUUACUUCAUCCUGGAGGACUCAUGGUGCACCAGACGCUCCAGGCCGGGCUGUAGCAUGCCAGAGAUCUGGGAUGUGGAAGACUCCCAAAAUGCAGGCAAAGUCCCACUCUGCACAAUUAUGUCCAGGGACUCCCGUCCACAUUUUAUCACAGUAUUUCAAAACAGCGUCUACAAAGUUCUUAAAGUCCCCAAAGCAGCCAAAGACAGUAGAUAAUAAGAGAGAUGGUUUUUGUAACACUAGCUCUUAGUAAUGUCAUGUCCUCUGGUGCAGAACGUCAGGUUUCUUUUUUUUUGUUUUGAAUUCAAAUUUACUUUUUUUCUUUUUUUCAAAUAAACUCAUUUCAAAUUGUUUCACUGGAUGAAUUAACUGUGGUGAUGAUGUGAAGAAGGUGACAGAGUGUUUUGAAAAGUGUUCCCACACUUGUUUUACAAUGUGACUAUUUAUACUGUUAAAGCGAUGACUUCCAGGUUGUGUCAUCCUUGCUGCUCUUAACCAGCUCAGUAUGUACCAUUGUCAGUUACAGACGUUAUAAAGCGGAGAACAUUUCAGAUUAAAUCCUGCGUACAGUGGAGUCACGCUUUACCAGAGGUGCGAAUCCUGCUUUUAUUUAAUUGUGGCAAACAAUCAGUUUUUUGUUUGACUUCCCCUUUAUCUUUCAUGCCCUGGCAGAGUGAUGAAUAAAAAAUCUGUUCUGUACUGUGUCAUAUUUGGCUGAUAAAGACUGCAAAGUAUUUUUUGUAAAUGUUUUUCGUAUGUUCAGAGCAAAUAUUUUUUCUAUUUUUUAAAGUUACUGUAAUAGCAGACUGUAGCUUGUGGGAUUCAUUGCUGAGGAUGUAUCUUUUUAUGUCAUUACAAACAGCUGUCAGUAUUUGCAACCCGCCAUGCAGCAUUGAAGUUUUCUGUUGUUGAGAAUCUUUUUUUGUUUGGCUUUUGUGGUAGUUUAGAUAAGCUGCAAUUUCUAAAAUAUAAGCUAUCCAUUUCAAAUGGUGAAUAAAGAGAUGUUGAAUUUCUUGAUUACUCAUCAGUUAUUUUUAUGUUGCUCUGUUGAUUUGUUUCUGAACAUUGGUCAGUUGUAUUUUUUGAUUCUAACGAAGAGUUUUAGGUGGAACAUUUUUGAAGUA